AUGGCGACCGUCGUUCCCCGACUGAAAAAGCGGAGGAUCUCCCCACACGCCUCCGGUGACGCCACAAGUCCAUCCACCUCUCAGCGAGGCAUGAUGGAUGCCUCGUACAUGCCCAUGUCGUCGCCGAUGCACGACGUAUCGAUGUACUAUUCCGUGCCCUCAUCGGAUAUACAUGCAUCCUCAUACCCUGUCGCCUCCUCGUCCGAUGUCAUGCUGAACCAGCCGCCGCCUUCGGCUCCAUCGCAUCCUCGCCCGCGGAUGUGCGUCCACGAGAUCAUCAACGGCCAGGAGCAGCCUGUGUACGUUGUGAGCGAUGACGAUGACGACGAUGGACCGCCUCCUGCAUCACCAUUACAGGGCCAUGCGCCUCUUACAUCCACGCGCCCUGCCAUCAACGCCGGCAGCAAGCGCAAGUCUCCUGUGCCUUGGGAAUUUACCGAGGCUAUGCCUAUGAAGCGCCAGCGCCGCAACGAUGUACCGGGAGCGCCUGUCGACUCGGCCGCUGCCCCCCUGUCCCAGCUACCUUCGCUAGCUUCGUUGGCCUCCGUUUCGGCGCCGACAGCCGUACCUGUCACUGGCCCCGCACAGAUGCCGCCGCCGCCGGGCAUGCCCGAGCUUGCAACGUCAUUCGAAACGACGCACCCCGACGCAUGGCGCUUGCGGUGCUCGGGACCUGAUAUGCCACGCGCGAACUUCACGGCCCCGCUGGAUGACAAAGACGGCCAUAUCAUCGUGCGCGAAGGCGAAUUUAUCACGCCGCGCUAUCAAAUUCGCAGCUUACUGGGCCAAGGCACCUUUGGCAAAGUCGUGCAGUGCUACGAUCGCAAACUAGGCAAGAAUGUCGCCAUCAAAGUGAUUCGCGCCGUGCAAAAGUACCGCGAUGCGAGUCAGAUCGAGAUUCGCGUACUGCAAUGCUUGCGCCAACAUGACCCACUCAAUCGGUAUCAAUGUGUCCAGCUUCUCGAAUCUUUUGAUUUUCGAAACCACAUAUGCAUUGUAUUUGACUUGCUCGACUGCAGCGUCUUCGACUUUCUCAAGAACAACAAGUUUCAGCCGUUCCCCUGCCGUGACAUCUGGCUCUUUGCCAAGCAGCUGCUGCGCAGCGUCGCUUAUAUGCACAGGCUCUCUUUGAUUCAUACGGAUCUCAAGCCAGAGAAUGUGUUGCUGGUCGACGCAUCUUCUGACGUGGCAUCCACGUCACGGCGUUCCAACGCGCGCAAGAAACGCGUCCUUCGCAGCGCCGAGAUUCGCCUCAUCGACUUUGGCAGCGCCACAUUUAGCAACGAGUACCACUCGGGUGUGGUAUCGACGCGCCACUAUCGAGCGCCAGAGAUUAUCUUGGGCAUGGGCUGGUCCUUCCCCUGCGACGUGUGGUCGCUGGGAUGCAUCCUAGUCGAAUUCUACACUGGCGAGGCGCUCUUCCAGACGCACGAUAAUCUCGAGCACCUUGCCAUGAUGGAGAUGGUGCUUGGCAAGCUCCCUGACGACUACCGACGCAAGGCCGAGACGUACAAGCCCGAGUACUUUUACCACGGUCGCCUCGAUUACCCUCGGCCAGAUACAAGUAAGCAAAGCCGGCGAUUUGUACAGAGCAUGAAGCCGCUACAAGACAUUGUGGCUAGUCCUCCGGCCUAUGCUAAGCACCACCAUGCCUUUGUCUCACUCUUGCGUCGACUUCUGGAAUUCGACCCAGCCAAACGGAUCACGGUGGAAGAGGCCUUGAGUCACCCGUACUUCCAGCUGGACCCGCACGAUUUCCCGCCCUAA